UUUCUUCACAGCAACAUUUUGCUUCUGUCGGCAGCAUCGCCCAAGGAUCUGCCUACUUAGAAUAGCGCUGUAGCUCGGAGGUUGAAACAAAUUGAUAGAAAAAGAAAGGCGAGGGGUUUGUGCGAUUUAGUAGAGAGCGAGAUAGAGGGGAAGGGAAAAGAGAGUCAGCGAGAGAGAUACAGUGAAUCCGGGCGACCGUUAAUUUAAUUCACACCGUCAUAAUCGUGUGCGAGUGCGGGAGACGGUCGGUAACGUAUUGUUGCAACAUCCCCUCCGGUCCACCCCCGCGUGAGUCCCGGGAAUACAGGAGCGUGAAGAAGUAUCAUUUAUGCCUACUUUCGACAUGGAUCCCUAUGAUGGAGAUGAAAACAAUUAUAUGCCUCAGGAAGAUGACUGGGACCGGGAUAUGCUGUUGGACCCGGCGUGGGAGAAGCAGCAGAGGAAGACGUUCACGGCCUGGUGCAACUCCCACCUGAGGAAAGCAGGAACGCAGAUCGAGAACAUCGAAGAGGACUUCAGGGACGGACUGAAACUCAUGCUGCUGUUGGAGGUCAUAUCAGGAGAGCGCUUGGCCAAACCAGAGAGAGGGAAGAUGAGAGUUCACAAGAUCUCCAACGUCAACAAAGCUCUUCACUACAUCACCAGUAAAGGAGUCAAGCUGGUGUCCAUCGGAGCUGAGGAACAGUCUCAAUUCAUCAGGGUGUGGUCUCUACAACACAGGAGUGAGCUGGACUACUAUGACUCCCCCAGUGUGAACGCUCGCUGCCAGAACAUCUGUGACCAAUGGGAUGCCCUGGGAGCCUUGACUCAGAAACGCAGCGAGGCUCUGCAGAGAACUGAGAAGCUUCUGGAGACCAUAGACCAGUUGUAUCUGGAGUUUGCCAAGCGAGCUGCUCCGUUCAACAACUGGAUGGAGGGAGCCAUGGAGGAUCUGCAGGACACCUUCAUAGUUCACACCAUAGAGGAGAUACAGGGUCUGAGUACAGCCCACGAGCAGUUUAAAGCCACUCUCCCUGAUGCGGAUAAGGAACGCGGUGCCAUCCUGGGCAUUCACAAUGAGAUCGCCAAGAUAGUGGCCACCUAUCAUGUGAACAUGGCUGGUACCAACCCUUACACCACCAUCAACCCUCAGGACAUCAACGCCAAGUGGGACAAGGUGAGACAGCUGGUGCCACAGAGGGACCAGGCCCUGAUCGAGGAGCACGCCCGCCAGCAGAACAACGAACGUCUCCGGAGGCAGUUUGCCAACCAAGCCAAUGUCAUCGGGCCCUGGAUACAAACCAAGAUGGAGGUGAGUCUACACAGAGCAGAACCACAACUUUUAUCACGCCUGUCAUCCUCAAUCGUAUCACGCCUGUCAUCCUCAAUCGUAUCACGCCUGUCAUCCUCAAUCGUAUCACGCCUGUCAUCCUCAAUCGUAUCACGCCUGUCAUCCUCUAAUCGUAUCACGCCUGUCAUCCUCAAUCGUAUCACGCCUGUCAUCCUCAAUCGUAUCACGCCUGUCAUCCUCAAUCGUAUCACGCCUGUCAUCCUCAAUCGUAUCACGCCUGUCAUCCUCAAUCGUAUCACGCCUGUCAUCCUCAAUCGUAUCACGCCUGUCAUCCUCAAUCGUAUCACGCCUGUCAUCCUCAAUCGUAUCACGCCUGUCAUCCUCAAUCGUAUCACGCCUGUCAUCCUCAAUCGUAUCACGCCUGUCAUCCUCAAUCGUAUCACGCCUGUCAUCCUCAAUCGUAUCACGCCUGUCAUCCUCAAUCGUAUCACGCCUGUCAUCUCAAUCGUAUCACGCCUGUCAUCCUCAAUCGUAUCACGCCUGUCAUCCUCAAUCGUAUCACGCCUGUCAUCCUCAAUCGAUAUCACGCCUGUCAUCCUCAAUCGUAUCCGCCUGUCAUCCUCAAUCACAUCUCUGAAUGAUGAGAACAUAACCCUGAUUCCCACAUCUCUGAAUGUGUAG